AUGAAUAAUUUUAGUAAAAAUGCUGGAUAUAAAGAGCCUCUCAAGCCCUAUAAUCUAUGCCGCACUGCAGCAAAUGCUAUCUAUUCCGUUGCAACCCUCUCCCAGCGAAUUCAAGCUUUGGGACACACUGGCGGCUCCACAUUUGGCCGAUGGUAUAAAUCUAGGCGAGUCAAUGUCGAUAUCCAAUCUGCCUUUCUCGGUACCCCUUCACGCAAGGACCUACUGGAAGCCAUCGGGAAGAUGGGUUUACGUCGUCAUCCUCAGGCUGCUAAAUCUUUAACUCCGGACGAAAAGGAAAAGGCUAUCCGGCAAAGUGAAGUACUUGAGAAUCUUCAGACAGACGCUGCCGAGCCACGGAGUUGUCUAAUCCGCGACCAUAAGAGCCUGGGAUCUGCCAAAGACGCAGAUCCAACCAGGACCUCCAAAGCGAUAUCAGAGCCGAGAAAAUGGCUUGCCAAAGAGACGCCUUGGAUAUGA